AUGCCUGAAGUUCCGGAGACUAUGCAGGACAAUAUUGCCCACCUCGAGCAUGAGGCUCGAAACCCUCAUCGGAGCCAAUAUGCUCCUGUACAAUAUGAUCGGUCCCAUUUUCCCGAGAGAACUUCUUCUGCCGCUGUAGUCCAGGGACAGCCCAUUACUGCCGGCUACGAGGACGCUGCCCACUACGAGCAAUCCGCCGUUUACGAUACCAUGGAAUCGCCUAAUUUUUCGCCGUUCCCUGUCCUACGCAACCCCCCUCCAAAUGUGCCCCCCACCGAUGAGCAGAGAGAAGCCAGCUUGGAGAAGGCUCGGAUGGCAGUACUCUCCUCCAAUGACCCCGAAAUGCAAUUGGCUUGGGCCCAGGACGCCCUAGCUUACGUCGAAGUCGCCGUCCAGAAUGAAGCUCGUCUAUCCUUAAUCCAACCCCCGCGUCCCCAGACCCCGCAAGUGGAGCAUCAGUUGAAGGUUGAUGCGAUGAACAUCGUCAAUUUCUUGGCUGAUCAGCACCAUCCCAAAGCUGAGUUCAUCAAGGGAAUGUGGUUGGAAUUCGGAAAAUUCGGAUAUCGCGUUGAUAAAAAGGAAGCAUUCAGAGCUUAUUCGAGAGCUGCGGAGAAAGGCUAUGCCAGGGCUGAGUAUCGCAUGGGGAUGCAGUUCGAGAGUUCUGGUGAACCCGAAAAAGCCAUCCGGCAUUACGAGAAAGGUGUUGCUCUUGCCGAUUCUGCUUCUUUUUACCGUCUGGGGAUGAUGAUCUUGCUGGGCCAGCACGGACAGCGUCAAGAUUAUCAAACGGGCCUUGAUUAUAUCCAGCUAGCUGCGCAAUCCUGCGACGAGAAUGCGCCUCAGGGUGCCUAUGUUUAUGGCAUGCUUCUGGCACGGGAGCUGCCCCAAGUGAGCGUCCCAGAGAAUUACCUCCCCCUUGAUGUCAAUGCCGCUCGCGUAAAUAUCGAGAAAGCUGCAUACCACGGAUUUGCUAAGGCCCAAGUCAAGAUGGGUGCCGCAUAUGAACUGUGUCAACUAGGUUGCGACUUUAACCCGGCGUUAUCCUUGCAUUACAACGCAUUGGCCUCCCGACAAGGAGAGCCAGAAGCGGAAAUGGCCAUCAGUAAAUGGUUCCUUUGUGGACAUGAGGGUGUCUUCGAGAAGAACGACGAGUUGGCGUUCACAUACGCUCAGCGUGCAGCUCAGAGCGGCUUCCCAACUGCGGAAUUUGCCCUGGGAUACUUCUAUGAAGUCGGUAUCUUCGUUCAGGUUGAUAUCAAGGAAGCCAGAAGCUGGUAUGCCAAGGCUGCGGCAAACGGAAACAAAGACGCUACCAGUCGAAUCGACAGUAUCUCACGUUCGAAGACGUUGUCCCGACGGGAUCAUGAGCAGGUUGCCAUCGCUCGGAUCAAGUCACGCUACGGCUCUCACCAGCGGAACGAAUCCAUGCAAUCAGCUUCAGAGAAUCUUGAAAUGCCUGAUCCUUCACGGAUGAGUCUUUCAGAUAACCCCCCGCCAAGUGCUCCGUACCCCGACCGGCCACCCUCCAGGGCUCGGCCAGUGUACCCGCCAGGCUACUCGGUGCCUGACCCACGGCCAAGCUCAGCAUUUGGCAUCAACCCUAACAUUCGCACCAGCGCUCCCAAUUAUAACCGUGCGGCAUCUUAUGGGCCUGGGCCAAUGGGGUAUCGCUCUCCUGCCCCUGUGACACCCACCACCAGCGGUCCAGCAAGCCCCACGUCAGCAACACCUAAGCUAGAUAUUGGCUACUCUGCACCGAUUGAUUCUCCAAACUCAAGACGCCCACAACGCCUUGACAGCACACCGCCUGAUAGACGGCCCGUGAGGACGCCUGUUUCUGCUCAAGGCGGCCCAGUAGGCUCCCCGAAGCCAGUGGCCUCACCGUCUUCUGCAACGUUUCCCCAGCGCAGUGAAUCCAUGCCGCCUCCAAGUGCACCUGUAGCAUCCUCGGCAACACCAAAACCAUCAUCUGUGUCAGCCUCGGUCGGCCAGAAGCCCGCAGCACAGCCAGCCAAGUCUCAAGGUGGCCUACCAGGCAAAGGCCCAAAAACAUUUGAGGAGAUGGGAGUUCCGACUGCACAAAAGGACAAUGAUUGCAUCGUCAUGUGA